CCAGAGCAGGAGGAAGACACUCACACCUGAGAACUCUCAACUCCUCUCACCAGCUCAAGCCAACUCAACCCCAGACACCACCAUGACCGGCUCCUGCUUCGGCCCCAUCUCCUCCUCCCUGGGCUGCGCCGGAGGCUGCUUCCAGCCCUGCUGCUUCCACGACCCCCGCUGCUGCCGCCCAGUGUCCUGCAAGACCACCGUGUGCCGCCCCGUGACCUGCGUGCCCCGCUGCACGCGCUCCAUCUGUGAGCCCCGCCGCCGUCCAGUCUGCUACGCCCCGUGCAGCCUGCAGGACGGCUGCUGCCGCCCCAUCACCUGCUGCCCCACGUCCUGCCAGGCCGUGGUCUGCCGCCCCUGCUGCUGGACCACCACCUGCUGCCAUCCCGUCUCUGUGCAGUCCCCGUGCUGCCGCCACCCCUGCUGCCAGCCGGACCCCUGCUGGGCCACCUGCAGGACUUCCUCCUGCUGCUGA